UUUCUCGUUCUCUCCCUGCGCUCUAAACCCUACUUCAACCCUGCGAAUCUUAGGAACUGGCAUAACACCAGAGGUGAAAAUGGCGUCGAUCGUUCUUCGAUCUCGCGUUAUCUCUAGAUUACCAAAAGUUAGUUCUCAGGAUCUGAGGGUCUUCUCUUCCGAAGCAGCUUCUACGAAUCCGUCGGCGAAGGAGCCGGGACUCUCCGCCGGUCAGUCGAUCAUCUCCGAUCUUCCACCGCCUAAUCAAACGCCCCCUCCGCCUCAAGCGGAAGCGGCGGCGGCGGCUCCGGGGAAGGACCGGAAAGCACUCAAGUAUCUGACGUACGGACUCGUCAGCGCUCUCACUGGUGCUACUGCUGCUGCUGGUUACGCCACAUAUGCUUACGCUUUGGAGGAAGUGGAUGCAAAGACUAAGGCUUUCCGUGAAUCAGUUAAGAGGACACCAGCUGAUGAUACCUCCUCGGCAAUUGAUAAAUAUCAAACUUUUCUGUAUUCUGGUGCAAUGACAGUUCCUGCUAAAGCAAUCGAAAUGUAUUUGGAGUUCAGGGCACUUGUGGAAGAACAAGUUCGGGAGUUUACUGAACCUCUCUCGGAGAAGCUUCUUCCAGAUCUGCAUCCCGCUGAACAACAUGUCUUCACUCUAGUUCUUGAUUUGAACGAGACGCUCCUUUACACAGACUGGAAUCGUGACAGAGGGUGGAGGACUUUCAAAAGACCUGGUGUUGACGCAUUCUUGGAGCAUCUUGCCAAGUUCUAUGAGAUUGUGGUGUACUCUGACCAGAUGGAUAUGUAUGUAGCUCCAGUUUGUGAUAGGUUGGACCCGAAUCAUUACAUACGGUAUCGGCUGGCAAGGGGUGCCACUAAGUAUGAGAACGGAAAACAUUAUAGGGAUCUGUCGAAGCUGAACAGAGAUCCCAAGAAAAUCAUGUAUGUUAGCGGGCUUGCAUUUGAGACGAGCCUUCAGCCGGAGAAUUGUGUGCCAAUCAAGCCUUACAAGCUUGAAGAAGACGACACUGCCCUUCUAGACCUCAUUCCAUUCCUUGAAUACGUGGCUCGUAACAGCCCAGCUGACAUCAGAACGGUUCUAGCCUCUUACGAGAGACAAGAUGUAGCCAAGGAAUUCCUCGAGCGUUCAAGAGAGUAUCAAAGGCGAAUGGGAGAACAGCGUGGGCAUGGCCGAUUCUGGAGGCGUUGAAGCGAAAGUUUCUGUAUAGAAAUGGGAUUUUCACUUAUUUAGGGUCUCGUGGACAGUGGACUUGGUCUGCUCAAAGAUAAAGAAGACCCCAUCGGGAUUUUCAGAAUUUUGUAAUUUUUUUUUUCAAAAAUAAAAAUCCGUUUUCUUUCUUCAAAUUAUUUCCGAACAAAAUUGGAGAGAGUAUAACGUCUUUGUUACGCAAAUUUGGCUGUAGAAAGGUCGUUGAUUCGGUCA